CGCUUCCUCCCUCCCCCAAGCCAGACCCCCCGAUUCCGCCUCUGGGGCUGGGAGCCUCCGCGUCUCUCUCCCCGCUCUCUGGGGGGGCUGGUGGGGCGGCGUCCAUGGGCUCCGUUGGGGUCCCUCUUCUGUUGCUGGUGGGGGCGCUGGCCCGGAUCCCCGGAAGCGAAGGGGGGAAGGAGACGCCCGCCCAUUUCCUGUACCAGGCGAAGGGCGAGUGCCAUUUCUUCAACGGGACGCGGCGGGUGCGGUUCCUGGAGCGGCACUUCUACGACCGGCAGGAGUAUCUCCGCUUCGACAGCGCCCGCGGGGAGUUCGAGGCCGUCACGGCGUUGGGGAAGGGGGAUGCGGAGGCUUUCAACAGGGAUAAGCAGCGCCUGCAGGACCGGAAGGCCGCUGUGGAUUACUUCUGCCAGCACAACUACGGGGUGUACAACUACGAGGUGGCCAAGAGGGAGGAGCGUCUGAUUGGCCGGAGAGCCAAGCCCACCGUCUCCAUCUCCCCCACCAAGCUGGACCCCACUUCCCCUAACACCAUCCUCCUCUGCAUCGUGAGGGGCUUCUACCCUGUGGAGAUUGAGGUUCGGUGGCUGAAGAAUGGGCAGCCAGAGAAGGAGGGUGUGGCCUUCGGGGAGGAGCUCCAGAAUGGAGACUGGACCUACCAGCUCCACGUGAUGCUGGAGACCCAGCCCCAGCGGGGGGACGUCUACACCUGCCAGGUGGAGCAUGCCAGUCUGGAGGCCCCCAUCACCGUCCAGUGGGAGCCCCGUUCCUCCAACUCUGCUAGGAGCAAACUCUGGACAGGGAUCGUGGCAGCCGUGAUCGGGGUGAUCUUCUUUGCCAUGGGGCUCUCCCUCUACCUGAAGAGCAAGAAAGCAAUUCCCAUCCAGCCUCCUGCAGCACUCAUGAAUUAAUUCUGCCGUCCUUCCUGCUUCCUGGCGGGAAAGGAAGGGGCUUUUUUCCAUUAGCUGAUGAAUUUCUGUCUCUCUUUUGCAACCUCUGAAAAAUGGAGGGUCAAGAUUUUAGAUUGGGGGGAGGAGGAGAAUGGCAGCCUGGAGCUUUUCCUGCUGAGACCCCUCUGGCUUUCCUUUGAAGGCCUCUCUUUCUUGUGAGGGAGCGGUGGAGACCAUCUAGACUGACCCCGGGGACUCUGGACCUGCUUGUCAGUCCAGACACCUAAAUCUCUCCCGGCUUUAAAUCCACAGCAGCUUCAUCUUCAUUACUCUUCAUCCGAAUCCCUUCGCUUUGCUAUAAAAGAAUAAACAUUGUAGGAAAAAUCCUGGAAUUCCUUCUUCCUUCCUCUUCCUCCUCAUCUUUCCUCUCUCCCCCAAGUCGGGUCCUCCCUUCUCCCCUUUCCCUCCCCAGAUUGACACCUCCUCUGCCUCUGGAUCAACCAUCCCGGCUACUUCAGGUCCGAAGUCAAAACUGGUUUGGGAGGAGGGUGGGAAGAUCCAGGGAGGGGAAGGGACAGGACUCCCCUCCUGCUCAUAGGCCCCCUUGCUCUGCUUCCCCUCAAGCCUACCUUUGAGGACCAGAAGGUCAGCAGUCCUCCCCAAGCACACGUGGGGAGCCAUUUGGGAGCACCUGAGGCUUCACAACUGGAGGGUC